GUGUCGUCUGCUGAGAAGGUAAAACAAAACAGUGCUCGUUUACCAGUCGUCUUGGUGUUAAAUCGAUAAAAUGGCAGAGGAUAACAGGGUGGAGGACUAUCCUCAUGAGAUACACGAACAGCUCACAUCCUUCGACUCAUCUGUCUCCUCUGUCAAAGCCAUGCUGGACCAGUUGAUAUCGAUGCCCCGAAAUGAUCCUCUGCUAAAGCUGGAUCCUUUGGAUCAAGCCAAACUGGAUUUGAUGUCUGCCUACGCUCUCAAUUCAUUAUUUUGGAUGUACUUGGUGACACAAGGAGUGAAUCCCAGGGAUCAUGGAAUCAAGCAAGAGUUGGAGAGAAUAAGAACAUACAUGAACAGAGUGAAAGAGAUCACUGACAAAAAGAAAGCUGCCCGUCUCAAUAAAGGAGCUGCCGCACGCUUCGUCAGGAACGCUCUCUAUGACGCAGAGGAAAAAGAGUCUAGAAAAAAAACGGCCUCCAAGAAAACAGUGGACUCGGUAUCUGACGCCCCACAGUCAAAGCGUCCAAAGCACGAACGCUGGAGUUAAGGUUUUUGUUCACAUGGAAACUCCCGAGGCUGUGUGGUGAGGCAUCAUAGCAGACAUCCUGAGACAACAUAAAUAUACUUCAGUGUUCAUCAGGAUUACUGACCAGUCAGAAUUAAAUCCUGGAGUCAAAUCAUUCAUAUCAAAUCAUGUCAUUGCAGCUGAAAGUGACACAACAUCCAUGUUUUUUCUGAACAUUUCUAGACAAUGAUGCUGACAGCUCUUCUAGGAUGUAAUGGACGUGAUGCUGUUGUAUUUUUAUAACAUUUCUUCAUCACUCAUCACAGAAUUGUAGGAUUUUAUGGUCUUAUACUGUUCCUCUGAAGGAGAAAUGAUGGUGCCUGUUUAUUUUGAAAGUGAUUCUAUGAAUCAAGUCAUCCUUCUUUCAAGUAUUAUGUAUUUUUGUUGGAACCAAAAUCUGACCUUUUUUCUCCUUUUUCUAUUCAUAUCUCCCAUUUGGUAGGAAACAAAAUUAAGUGUAAUCUUCCAUCUUUUCCCUGACUUUGACAUAAUGGUAGGACAGGCUUGGGUGUAAAUAAAACUGAUGAUGGCUGAA